AACUCGCAGUCGUGGCGAAAGAUGGCUGCGGCUGUGCUGGAGGUGGAAGUCGGGGAAGCCGGGCUGAGGGAGGCGGCGGAGGAGCAGGUGGAUCUGUCGGACCUGGCCCCUGAAGAGCGAUGGAGGGUGGAACAUGCCAGGAUGCACGCCAAGCACCGGGGCCACGAGGCCAUGCACGCCGAGAUGGUCCUCAUCCUCAUCGCCACUCUGGUGGUGGCGCAGCUGCUGCUGGUGCAGUGGAAGCAGAGACAUCCUCGCUCCUACAAUAUGGUGACGCUUUUCCAGAUGUGGAUCGUCCCUGUGUACUUCACGAUAAAGCUGCACUGGUGGAGAUUCCUGGGAAUCUGGAUCCUCUUCUCUCUGGUCACUGCUUUUAUUACCUACAGAGCCACACGGAAACCACUGGAGCAGACGACCCCCAGGCUGGUGUAUAAAUGGUUCCUGCUCCUGUAUAAGAUGAGUUAUGCGACGGGCAUUGUGGGAUACAUCGCCGUCAUGUUCACGCUCUUUGGCCUGAAUCUGCUGUUCCGCAUAAAACCAGAGGACGCCAUGGACUUCGGCAUCUCCCUCCUCUUCUAUGGACUGUAUUACGGGGUCCUGGGCCGCGACUUUGCAGAAAUGUGCGCAGAUUACAUGGCGUCCACCAUAGGCUUUUACAGCGCGUCGGGGAUGCCGACCAAGCACCUCUCGGACAGCGUGUGCGCCGUCUGCGGUCAGAGGAUCUUCGUCGACGUGAAUGAGGAAGGAAUCAUUGAGAACACGUACAGACUGUCCUGCAACCACGUUUUUCACGAGUUCUGUAUCAGGGGCUGGUGCAUCGUGGGAAAGAAACAGACGUGUCCGUACUGCAAGGAGAAGGUGGACCUGAAGAGGAUGUUCAGUAACCCCUGGGAGCGACCUCACGUCAUGUACGGGCAGCUGCUGGACUGGUUGCGGUACCUAGUGGCGUGGCAGCCCGUCAUUAUUGGACUGGUACAGGGCAUCAACUAUUGCCUGGGGCUGGAAUGAGUGGUGUGCGCCACGUCCUGAGACGCUCCAGGCCGGAGGAAGAAUGGUGGCGGCGACGGCGGCUUCUCUGGAAUUUUCCCGUUUCCUCCUUUUUAACCCCUGGAGCAGUUGUUCACCACAGUGUUAGUCGCCACCGCCGCGCUGGAUGGCCCCCGGUUGUAUUAUUUAUUUAUAUUGGCGUCUCGUCUGUAUUCCUAUUUGGCACUACAUGAAUUCCGUAUUUAGUUCUUAUGUCAACCACUGAAACGCGUCGGAGUAUUGUGCCGCCGCCGUUACCUGGGACACGGGAGCAGCGGGGGUGGUGAUGCGCCUGCCGACCGUGUCCUCUGCCCCACGUCAUACAAUCCCACCUUCUUCAUAUUUGUGUUUUGAGUUUUAUUUUUUCCCCCUGAAUCCAAAGGACGGGGAUUUCUGGCCAGUGUCGUGCGCUGCACCGCUACAUGGGAGGGGUUAUUUAUACUGGUGGGGACGUGGCGUCCAUCUUUUUAUUUGACCCUAUGUCAAAUUUUAACUUUUUUUUUUUAUUGUGGGUGGGGGAUCCUAGCUGCGCAAAUUUUCUAUAUCCCUGUGUGUACAGCAGACGUUUGUAACCAUGAACUCCGUGGAAGGAAUAAAGAGAACACUCAAUAAACA